CAUUCGUGACCCAUAAUGCGCGUGCUCUAAGCAGUCCUAUGCAAUCAGCCUUAUUGCGCAAGCUCAUUCGCCUUUACGCUUUCCCCAGGAAACCCAGGUCCUUGCGCAAGUUCUGUUUCGUCUGAGGUUGUGCGACAAGUCAAGAUGGCAGCUGCUGUACAGAAUAAUGUAGUGGAGCUCCUAGGGGAACAGUACUACAGGGAUGCAAUGGAGAAAUGCCAUAAUUAUAAUGCCCGUCUGUGUGCUGAGAGAAGUGUACGUUUACCGUUCCUUGAUUCUCAGACUGGAGUAGCUCAGAGUGAUUGUUACAUCUGGAUGGAGAAGCGGCACAGAGGACCAGGUACAUCUGAAGGACAGUUAUAUUCCUAUCCAGCCCGUCGCUGGAGAAAGAAAAGGAGAGCACAUCCACCAGAGGAUCCAAGGCUUAUAUUUCCUUCACUGAAACCAGAUCUUGAGCAGAGCCUAAAGAAAGAAGGCCUGGUUCCUCCUGAUGGUAGCACUUUAGAAGCUCUCCUGAGAAGUGACUCACUAGAGAAGCGUAGUACCCAGGACUCAAGGGAUGAAGACAGCCUGAGCGACUUUUCUGUCAGCAGUGGCAGGGCUCGGAAGGUACAGCAGAAAGACGGCGUUCAGUCAUAUGUUGCAAGAGGGAGCUUUAUGAGAAUCUUGGACCCAGAUGAUUUUCUAGAUGAUUUGGAUGAUGAGGAUUAUGAAGAGGAUACACCAAAAAGAAGAGGCAAGGGGAAGGCAAAGGGAAGAGGUUCUGGAAGUGCAAGGAAGAGGCUGGAAACGUCAAUCUUCGAUGACCGGGACAAGCCAUAUGCCUGUGACUUUUGUGGUAAAAGGUACAAAAAUCGUCCUGGAUUAAGCUACCACUAUGCUCAUUCACAUCUGGCAGAUGAAGAAGGUGAAGAUAAAGAAGACUCUGCGCCCCCAACACCUCUAUCUCAGAGGUCAGAUCGUGAUGAUCAGAAAACUAAAAGAGGCUCAGAGAGUUUGGCUUUGCCAAAUAAUUAUUGUGAUUUCUGCCUGGGUGAUUCGAAAAUUAACAAGAAGACAAUGCUACCAGAAGAGCUGGUGUCAUGUGCAGAUUGUGGUCGAUCAGGACAUCCAACGUGCUUACAGUUUACUCCCAUUAUGAUGGCUGCUGUAAAGACAUAUCGUUGGCAGUGUAUCGAAUGCAAAUGCUGUAACAUUUGCGGAACCUCUGAGAAUGAUGGACAAGAAAAGGAUCAACUGCUGUUUUGUGACGACUGUGACCGUGGCUAUCACAUGUACUGCCUUGAUCCACCUAUGUCAGAGCCACCUGAAGGAAGUUGGAGUUGCCACUUGUGCUUGGAUUUGUUGAAGGAUAAGGCUUCCAUUUUCCAGUCUCCAAGCUCAUCAAAUUCAUCUUGAUUCAGGGAUUGUCUUUUUUUUUUUUAAUGUAAUAAGAUGUGAUCAUUGAAACUGUGGUGCUUCCUGUUUUGGAAUGUAAGAAGGGUGCUGUUGACCUUUUGGAUUUAGCUGCCCCUUUAUAAAAUUAAGGUUUUGUAAAAAAAUUUUUUUUCAAAAAAAUAUUUAAAAAGUAAAAAAAAAAUUUAAAUU